AUGAGCCUGUACCACAGCAGAGUGCCGCAGCUUGGAGUGCCACCCUCGGCGCUCAAUCUCUCAAAUUCCUCCUUGAUUUACUUAUAUGGAGGCGACGGCGGUACCAUUCUUCCCGCUUUGGGUUUCGUCCCGAAUCGGCAGGAACCUCCGCAAAAACCUCCGUACAGCUACAUUGCACUUAUCGCAAUGGCUAUAAAGGGCGCUCCGGAGAAGCGCGCAACGCUGAGCGGCAUUUACCAGUUUAUCAUGGACCACUUCCCUUUUUACCAUGACAACAAGCAGGGCUGGCAGAACUCAAUCCGUCACAACCUCUCUCUAAAUGACUGUUUCAUCAAGGUACCGAGAGAGAAGGGCCGGCCCGGUAAAGGCAGCUACUGGACUUUAGACACCAAGUGUCUGGACAUGUUCGACCACGGGAACUAUAGACGGAGGAAGAGAAAACUAAAGGGUCAAGAGACUGCAGAGUCCAAAACUACUCACAAGAGGAACAGGGGUCCGGUCUCCUCGAACCCGGCAGGGUCUAAACUUCCACCUGAUGCUUACCUGAGGAGGAUGGGUAGGCCAAUGUCAGCUGGAGAGAGGGCUGUGGUGGGCACAGAAAUGGAACAACAGCAUAGACGUUAUGAGAAAUGUUCAGAUUUAAAAUAUGUUUUUGUGCUGAAGCUGUCCUCCUUCACAGCUCUCCUAUUGGAUGUGGAAGCUCUGGUCUGA